CUAUGUCGACACCGGAUGGCCACUUUUCAAAUAAAAACCGUGAGUACAUUCAGUUCGCUACCAGAGCAGAUCACUGACGCUGCACUGAGUCCCUACAAGACAAGACAAGACAAGAUGAACAACGCUGUAUUUAUCGCCCUUUUCUCCAUCCUGACUGCGACACAAGCGUGCUGCUUUGACCCGGAUGUGUGCGAUGUGAUCAGGGUGGAAAGUUGGAGCGAAAAGUACGCCAAGAAGGUUGUGGAAGAUGCCUCAUAUGUCCUCAACAUGACGGUCGUAGAUCGGCAGUCGGCGGCAGAGUGUAAUCUGGGAGAAUCCUUCGGCUACCAGAAAAACAACCUUUGGGUGGAUCACGGCUGUCGUGCUGACUUCAAAGUUUGCUACCUUCCAGUGAGCCCAAUUCGGUGUCGUGUUGUGAAGGCGGAAAGUUGGAGCUACAAGUACGCCGAGACCUAUGUGGUAGACGCCGCAUUGUUCAUCAACAUGACCAUUGAAGAUCAGCAGUCUGCGGCCAGUUGCGAUCUGGAUAAAACCUUCGGCUUCUACAAUCAGAACUCCACAGUGUGGGUGAAUAAUGGGUGCCGUGCAGACUUCAACGUCUGUUUUGUCUACGGCAUCACCAGAAUCACCACGAUAAACGUGAGCAGCUGGAACUUCAAGUACUCCACCCAGAUUCUCAACACUCUCCCCUCUGCCACCUGUAUCUACUCCAUGCAAGUGGCAAACCAACAGUCCACGGCCCCCUGCACUCUCGGGACCACUUUUGGGUUUAUGGCCAAUACCAUGUGGGUCAGAGACGGCUGCAGAGCCGACUUCACCGUCAAUUAUUAUAUCGUUUAAGCAUUCUUAAAUGCUGUCAUAUUGUCCUAUUUUGACAAGUUUUGUUGAAUUAAAAGGAAAUCGAAAACAAA